UGGAAGCAGCCCUCAUAUGCUAGCUGGAGCUGAAACCCUAUCUAUAAAGAAGGCUGAAGGCUCCACACAUACAACUCCGUAGAGCUCCCUGCUUUGUUCAGACUUCAGAGCCCUUCCUCUUGUGUCCGUGCAAAUUGGUGAUACUUGAACAGGGAUCUCCUCCAUAUUAGUGAGCAGGAUGUAUAAUCCUCCCAGUGGGCAGGACAUGUCCUACUACGAUCAUGUGCAGAAGCGCCAUGAGGAGAAGGGCUGCCUAUAUGCAUGCCUGUUCACUGCGUGCUGCUGCUUCUGCUGCUUCGAGACCUGUGAGUGCUGCCUCGAGGCUAUCUGCUGCUGCUGCUAGUUCUGCUUGGAGGGCAUGGGCGUCCAUCAUCGUGGAGAUGUGGCCAUGCGGGACACCCACCGCCGAAUAAAAUGCUGUACUUAUAUGCACGCACGUUAGAAAUGCAUUAGUGUCUGUUUGAUGUGAUCUUUUGUGUGUGUGUGCGCGCAUCUUCAUUUGCACUGGAAAAUGCUUUAUUAUUUGUGAAGGUCUGUAAAUCUGUUGUAUGUAUCUUGGUCAGAUGAACUCUAUUAUUGUGCCAUAUAUCUCGCUUGAUUGGACAAA